AUGUGACGCUUCCCUGUGAUGAUCAUCACACAGACAAACAAAUGAGCCCCUCAGUCGUCAGUGUCUGGAUCAUGAAUCCCUGAGUUCAGUGACGGCUGAAUGGCAGUGCAUGAAGUGAAGGUUUCCUAAUGCUGCCUUGUCGUCAUGGUGGAGUCCGUCUCUCUGAGAUACUUGUUGAGAAGCUUUGAGCAUACAUAUGUAAAGUUGAGUUUUAUUUUGAAGGCCUACAUCCGGAAGUCUCAUCCGAGUGUUUCUUCCAGCUUGACCCGCCUCGUCUCCAAACUUAACGCUGCAACUCCGCGCUGCUUUUCACUUGGUAUAAGCAUCUUCGCGUCGUCGCCUCCUCCUGUGAGUCUGGAUCAGGGAACCGAACCCAGCCAUCAGCCGAACCCCUGAACCCCUCGCCGUUCUCUCCGACUCGGCUUCGCGCGUGCUCCAAACUUUGGAGCCUUUUACGCGUCAGCGAGGCGCAUUCGGAUUUUGGGGAUCUUGGAGCCUCUGAAGACUUUCAGUUCGAGUAAAAGACGAGGCAGAAGGUGGAGAAAGUUCGCUGAGGCUUCGUGGACAGAACCAUGAUGCUGCAGAGCGACCAGCUGCGGCUCCAGUGAAAACAUGGAGUCCUGGACGGGAGGAGGAAGGAGGCGGCUCCCAGUCGUCCCAGUCGUCCCAGUCGUCCUGCUGUGGAUGGUGCUGCAGAGACACGCUCCGGUUCUGGGCUGCAGCUCCACCAGCUGUAACCAGGUUCUGACAGAGGCCCAGGGGAACGUCACCUCGCCCUGCUACCCCCAGAAAUACCCCAACUCCCAGCUGUGCACGUGGAGCCUGCAGGCCCCGGCCGGCUUCGUGGUGCAGCUCACCUUCCUGGACUUUGAGCUGGAGGAGGCGCCAGGAUGCAUCUACGACCGGGUGAUGGUGAACACGGGCAGCGCCGACGUGACGUUCUGCGGCCUGACGGCCGACGGGCUGACGCUGAACUCCACCAAGAACGUGAUGGAGCUGUCCUUCACGUCCGACUUCAGCGUGCAGAAGAGAGGGUUCCGAGCUAGCUACCGCCACGUUGCUCUGGCUCUGAGGAACCAGAAGGUCUCCAUAACCGGCGGUCAAGGAAGAGUCACACAGGUCUCCAACACGGUCACUAUCCCAACGAUGAGCCAGCUGACGGUCUGCUUUGAGGUGCAACGCAUCAGCCAGAAACAGAAAGAGUGGCUCUUCACGUACUACGACGUCCACAACAACGUGGUUCUGGCUCUGGGAUCGGACGGCGCCGGCACCACGUGGAUCGUGGACGGCGUCAGCUGCCAGCUCGGCGCCGUUCUGCCGCCGGCCGCCUUCAUGGCCCAGAUGACGGCGUUCUGCGUGGCGUGGGCGUCGGCCUCUGGCCUGGUGGGUGUCUUCGCGGGCGGCGCGCUGUGGCCCAGUGCCUGCGACGCGUCCGCCGGCCACGCGGUGCCGGGAGGAGGACUGUUCCGUUUAGGAGGCCAGCAGAGCUUCGACGGGAACAUGUACAACCUGCGGCUGUGGGACGUGGCCAUGACGGAGGAGCAGCUGAAGGCGCUGACAUGUGACCAGACGGGGAGCGUCAUCGACUGGGACAACAGCAACUGGAGCCUCGCGCCCGGCGUGGCCCAGACCGACAGCGCGCUGAGCUGCAUCUGCUUCCCUAACUGCCUGCACUCACCUCCUGCUGCUGCACCAACUAGUGCAGCUGUUUCCUCGUCCACUGCCUCCACUAACGCCGCCACUGCUGACGUCUCCAGCACUAGCACCUCUCUGACCCCCACCAGCUCUGCUAGCGCUGCCGGCUCAGCCGUCGCCUCCUCCGUUGUGGCUGCUGCUACCGCCUGGCCCUCCUCUGGCCCUGCUGCCCCCUCCACCCCCUCCACCCCUGCAGCCGGCAGCCCAGCGCGUGACCAGCCAACGGCCCCGGCUAGCAAUCCGGCUACUAGCCCCCUGCUGCCCGGAACAACUCCUCCGCUGCUGCUAGUCUCUACUAACCCUCCAGCCACUAACUUAGCCGCUACCGCCUCCUGGGGAAGCGAAGGAACGACUCCUCCGCUGCUGCUAGUCUCUACUAACCCUCCAGCCACUAACUUAGCUGCUGCUGCCUCCUGGGAGGCCUUGUUCUACCGGGUCUCUUUUUUGGUGGACGGUGGCGGCUCGGCACUGACCCAAGCUGACGUGGAGAAAGCCGUGGCUCUCUGGCUGAGUGAAGCGUUCCAGAACUGGACCCACAGCGUCGCUGUGGACAGCAUAAGUGUCAGACCCUUUUCUCCCAAUGGAGGGAACCGUAGAAGCUACUGGUGCCAGGCCCUGCUGGUCGACACCUCCAGCACCAACCAGAGUCUGGGCCAAGCUGUGUUCACCAGACUGUCCAGCAGAACCGGGCUUGUGGGGGAUGGACUGCAGAUCCAGCUCGACUCCAUCGCUCUUCAGUUAAUCAAAAACUGUCCAGAAGAAAGUCGACCUCACUAUCACUGGGCUGAGACCAGCCCCAACGUCACCCAGUACCUUCCCUGCUCCAUCAAUAAGGAUCAGAACGCCUCCAGGACCUGUUUAAUCAGUCCACAGGACUACUCCUCCUACUGGUCCCCAGCAAACCUGAAGAACUGCCAAAAGAUCGAAGCCAUCCAGGUGUCAGCAGAAAACGCGGUGGAGGUGGCCGUCCAGCUGGUCGACUACUCCAAGGCUCUGUCCAGCGACGAGGUGUCGACGGUGGUGACGAAGGUGCAGGAGCUGGUGAACGUGGCCAAGAUCAACAGCACGUUAGCCUCCAGCGUCGUCAACAUCAUCUCCAACGUGAUGACCAGCAGCGACGCGGCGCCGGCGGCCAGCUCACAAGCUCUGAAGACGGUGGAGGACCUGGCUCAGAAGAUCGAGUUUGACGGCCUGUCGCUCAACAUCACCUCCAGAAACCUGAUCUUGGGAAUUGUGGCCUUCAACAGCAGCACCUUCAACGGCUCGUCCUUCAGUGCCUUCAGGCUUCCCAACUCCACAGAGACGCAGAUCGACUUUGAAUCGGAUCGGAUCACCCUGGCUCAGAUCACGCUCCCUGCAUCUCUGCUGUCCAGUGUCUCACUGAAUGAAGCUGAGCGAUCGUCUCUGUCCAGGAUCAACUUUAUGUUCUUUAACAACACAAAUUUCUUCCUGCACGAGCAGGGCAAUCACUUCCUGAACAGCUACGUGGUGGCGAGCAGCGUGGGCAACCUGUCCAUCAAACACCUGAAGGCUCCCGUGGAGAUCGAGAUCGCUCACAUCUCUGAGACGGUCUCCUCAGAUCCACUUUGCAUGUUCUGGGACUUCAGCAUGAACGAGGGACAUGGAGGCUGGAACGGAGACGGAUGCACAGCGUCCACAGGCUCCACCAGCAACAAGACCGUCUGCCUGUGCGACCACCUCACACACUUCGGCAUCCUCAUGGACAUGUCAGGAAGUGCUCCUCAGAUCGACCGGAGGAACGGCAUGGUUCUGACCUUCAUCACCUACGUGGGCUGUGGCGUCUCCACCGUCUUCUUGGCCGUCACGCUGCUCACCUAUGUCGCCUUCGAGAAGCUGCGCCGUGACUACCCGUCCAAGAUCCUGAUGAACCUGAGCGCGUCGCUUCUGCUCCUGAACAUGGUGUUCCUGAUGGACGGCUGGGUGGCCGGUCUGGGCAGCAGCCCUCUGUGCCAGUCGGUGGCCGUCUUCCUGCACUACUUCCUGCUCACCUCCUUCACCUGGAUGGGCCUGGAGUCCGUCCACAUGUACAUCGCCUUGGUCAAGGUCUUCAACACCUACGUUCGUCGCUACAUCCUGAAGUUCUGCCUCGUGGGAUGGGGUCUUCCUGCAGCGAUGGUGCUGAUCGUGGUGUCUGUGAACAAACAACAUUACGCGCUGCUGGAGUUCAAAGAUGACGCAACGAACCAGUCGUCCAAGUUCUGCUGGAUCCACAGCACCGCCGUGCUCUACACAACCUGCAUCGGCUACUUCUGCCUGGUGUUUGUGCUCAACGUGGCCAUGUUCAUCGUGGUCAUGAUGCAGAUCUGCGGUCGCAACGGCAAACGCAGCAACCGGACGCUGCGAGAGGAGGUCCUGCGGAACCUGCGCAGCGCCAUCAGCCUCACCUUCCUGCUGGGAAUGACGUGGGGCCUGUUUCUGUUCGCCUGGGGCCCAGUUCACCUGGUCUUCAUGUACCUGUUCACCAUCUUCAACUCGCUGCAAGGUUUCUUCAUAUUCAUCUUCCACUGCGCCUUAAAAGAAAACGUCCAGAAGCAGUGGAGGAGGUACCUCUGCUGUGGGCGCUUCAGGCUGUCCGACAACUCAGACUGGAGCAAGACGGCCACCAACAACACCAAAAAGGUCAGCUCAGAGAACCUGGGCAAGUCCCUGUCCUCCAGCUCCUUCGGCUCCAGUACCGCCAACUGGACCUCCAAGGCCAAAGCCACGCUCAACCCGUUCACCAAGCGGCACAGCAGCACAGAUAAACGUCCCUCGGGCCCGACCGGCCCCAAGUGCGUCUCCUCAUCCUCCUCUGAGCUGGAGCCCAGCUCCUCGUCCUCCAUCCUCCCCGUCAGCCAGAUGAUCGACAAAGUGAAGGGCUACUGCUCCCUGCGCACCGACAACUUCUACAGGAACAUCCUGAUGUCAGACAGCUUCACGCAGAGCACCAGGUUCUGAGGAGCCUCCUUCGCCCUCCCACUAUGUUAUUUAUUGCUUUACGCUUGUUCUGGAACCUUAGAGGUUCUGGAAAGACUGAAAGUCUAGAACCUUGGCGUCUUCAACGCACUGAGGCUUGAUCAGAACCUGAUCCUGUCUGAGGCCUCAGGUCCAGUUAGUGGCACCAGGACACAGUCGUGACCAUUAGAUUAGUGUUGAUUUGUGUGUUCUGACCCAUGUUCUGUUCUUCGCAUGUUGUUACUGGUUGGGUUGUGUCAUCAUGCAGAACCUCCUGUGGAAUAAACUUGGACCAUGUUAUCGUGGUUCUGAUCCUGGUGUCUCCUGGCCGGUUGGAUUCUGUUGUAUCCGACUUUGUUUCCGAACUGAAAGCAAAGCAGGGCGGGAUGGAGAAGAACCAAAGGUUCUGACAGAACCAGGAGGCUGCGUUUACUGUGAUGUUUGAGUGUGUAGCCACAUGUGUAAAUAAUGUACAAGUCCAUGUAGUACAUGAAGUUCUGUGUGUACCGAUCUAUGUUGCCUGUUUGUACAUUUGGUUGGAGUCAAGCUGUGAAAGUCAAACCUUCUGCUUUUCCUUGACUUCAAACACAUCUGUCAUUGAGCUUUGAAACAGACUGGAAGAGAGAAACGAACACAGUCGGGGCUGAACCGGGCCGGGUCACGUGGUUGGUUUCAGACGCCGUGUCCCUCUCAUCAGACAGGUACAAGCUGGUUCGCUUCCCUGUGGCCGUCACAGCCGCAGCAUCGACGUGGGACGCUUAGUCAUUCCAAACGCUCCUACGGCCCCUGAAGGCAGCACGAAGGCCUCGCCUGGGUUUAAAUGUUAGAUCCCUGAGGAACAGAGUCAUGGACUAAGGGCUGCAGUGACGUGACAUGGAUGAAAAUGUUGUUUAUAAAAUGAUGUGAUGGUUUGUUGCUGUGUCUCAUUAAACGUGUCAUUUAGCCUCA